AUGUGCAAGCCUCAACUUGACACAGGUUCAAAUGAUAUUCAAUUAGUCGAUUAUUUAACAAAAUCAAAUUCGAAUAUACUCAUAGAUUUAUGCGAUGGCUCGACAAUCGAAUCGAAACCUAAAAAAAAUAUAGAAAAACCGCUAACAGAAAUCAAUAGAAUAGAUAAUGACAAAAUUGAAAAAGUCAAAAAUGAUGGUAAUGAUGUUAAAAUUGCACCAUUGUUUUUAUUCAAAGAAAAAAGAGCUUUAGAUUUAGCUGCUAAAAAAGCUUCACAUAAUUUCCUUCACAGUAAAACGAAUAAUAAUAAUAAUAAUAGUGCUAAAAAAUUUAAUUCGAAUAAAAUAAAUUUACCGAUAAAUUAUUUCAUUCCAACUUGUCACAUUCAACAAAGGGAUGAUAGUAUUUAUUGGUCUGUUAGGAAAAUUGAUAUAAAUUUUAAAGAAAAUUUUAGUCAUGAUUAUUAUUAUUAUUAUCAAUUUAAUUGUGAUAAAAAAUUUCAUAUUAAUUUUAUUAAAGAAAAUUUAGAGAAUGUUGUCGAAAGUAAUUACGACAGUUCUUAUUCUUCUUCUUCUUCUGCUUCUUUUGGUGGAAAAAAAAAAUAUGAUGAAAUAAAAGCAAAAUAUCAACAUUUAAAUAUUGAGAAAGUUAUUGAUGGUUUAAAAUUAAAAAGUGAUAAAUAUUUAAAGCUUGAAAAAGAUUUAACGAUAGCAAACGGUUUAAAAACAUUGGAUGGCAGUUUUGAAUCGCUCAAUUUACAAUUUAUUGAUAAAUACAAGCCAUCAAGCUGUGAAAUAUUAGAAAAUGAAAAUGUUGUUAAAAAAUUAAAAAAUUGGUUGAAAUCAUGGAAAGAUUUCGAUGAAGAAUUAAAAUCUUUGGUUAAAUCAAAUAAUAAAAAUAAAUGUAGUGAAAGUGAUAGUGAUUAUGACGAUUUUGACGACGACGACGACGAUGAUUUUUUUAUUGGAUCUGAAAAAUUAAAACCUCCUCAUAACGUGUGCCUGCUAUCCGGACCUAACGGUUGUGGAAAAACUGCACUCGUGACUGCGCUAGCAGAAGAAUUAGAAUUUAACAUAAUAGAAGUUAAUGCUUCAUCUAAACGCACAGGUAAAAAAGUUUUAACGGAUUUUCAAGAGGCAACACAAUCACACAAAGUUCAACAACAGUUGUCGCAACAACCUCCCGGAAAAAUGAAUUCGAACAAAAAUGUUAAAAAGGUUAAAAAGAGGGAACAAAACGGAAAUGAAAUAUUAAAGGAUUUAAAAAUAAACGAGAGUAAAAUAUCACUUUUACUAAUCGAAGAUGCCGACAUUGUUUUCGAAGAAUACGACGAAGGUUUUUACUCGGCCGUUUCAUCCCUUGUUCAAACUUCUAAAAGACCCUUCAUUUUCGUUACGAACGAUCCGACAUGUUCUCAUCUGGAUAAUUUUCGAACACAACAAUGUUUGGUUCUCGAAAUGAACCGGCCAUCUUUUCACAAAUCUUGUGCUUACAUGGAUGUCGUCUCUCACUUGGAAGGAAUUCAAAUCGAUAAAAACAUUCUGGAAUAUUUAAUUAAUUACAACGAUUUCGAUAUGAGGAAAACAUUACUGGAUCUGGAAUUUUGGAAUAAUUCGAACGACAAACAUUUAUUAUUACGACUCAAUCACGAAUCGGAUUUGGAACAGUUUUGGUGGAACUUAUCCCGGUAUUUAAGUACAAAUGAUGAUAAAAAUCCCUGUCGGCCAUCUUAUUUGAAACGGAAAAGAGGGAAGAGUGAAAAAUCGAAAGAUUCCGAUGAAUGCGAUGAAAGUGUUAGGAAAAAAUCUAAAAUGAGUUUGGAAAACGGUUUGGAAAAUUUCAUAUCAAAUCAAACGUCGAAAGAAUGUUUAAAUGUCAGGAUUUGGGAAUUACUAGACGUGGCAUCAACUUUAGAUUUGAUGGAUUCGACGUGGGAAGAGAAAAAUUUAUUAGGAACGAAUUACAGGCCGAAAGAUAGUUUAUCGCUCGAAGAAAAAACGGAGGAAAAUUUUUCAAGUCGUCAAAGGCAAACGAGAAAAGACAUAAAUUAUUAUUUUUUAAAAUUAUCAUCGGAAAUCAUGUCGAACGUGUCGAAAUGUAAUUUAAAUGACGGAAGAGAAAAUGAUGGGGAAUUUUUUUUCCCCGUUUGGGAAGACGUAAGAUUUCGGAAAAAUCAAGAAGAAACGGAAAAAAACGUUUUAGAUUUGAUACCUGCGAUGGAAAGGCACGAUAGGAAAAUCGUUCAUUUGGAUUAUUUUCCAAUAAUAAGAAACAUAUUGAGGAUGGAAAAAAAUCGUCGGACACACAAUUCGAAAAGGAAAAAUAGAUUUUAUCAUUAUUUUAAAAAUUCCGAUAUGAUUGAUUUGUCGAAAAGAGACAUUGAUAAUACGUGUGCGGUUUUCAAAUAA